AUGUUCAAGUUGCGAGGCAGUGGGUGGGCCCGCGCGGCCCAAUCUCGGUGGAGGCAGUAUCUGUUGCUGGAGUUCGGACAGGAGGAUCUUGGUAAUUUCGGGAAGCUGUACGAGUCGGCGGUGCUUGGGGUGGCCAAUGCGGCUGAGUUGCAGAAGCUGCGACGGUCUCGGCCCAGGAGAGCUCGGCCUUCGAUUCCAGGCCCUCGUCCUCCUAAAUCGUCUCUGGUAGAGCAUCACAAGGAACUUGGACUCUGGGCAAUAAGGCUGCCUUCUGCUGAUGCUGUUGUUGUCCGAAGAACACUUGCAGCCCUAGCAGAGAACCCCGACGGCCUUCCAGGUGUUGAAGAAAGCGAUGACAGUAUGGAGAAGAGAAAGAACUACUGGGCCUCAGUGAAGCCUGCACAUUUCGGAGUGAAGCUUGGUUUGAAAUCCCUUAUGGGUGUUUUUAGAGCCAUGGUGAUGGGAUUGUCCAUUGGACUCUUUGGAAUAUUUUCCUUCGGGAGGUCACUUCUCUUGAAAUUCCCUGAAUUUUUCUCUUUAGGGUGGUUUAGAAAGAAGGGACCAACAGAAGAAGAGGUGAGGAGUGCUACGUUCAAAAUGUGGUUUGUAGGGCAAGGGUAUAGUGAUGCUAGCAAUGCUUCUGAUGGGAGAAAGCCUGACACCGAGAUUGUGACUAGGGUUUCUGGCCCUGAGAUUGGUUACUUGAGCACUCCGAUCAUUUUAGUACAGUGUGCAUUGGUUUUGUUGAGCCAGCGUAAGAACUUACCCAGAGGAGGAGUUUUUCCUCCGGGCAUUGUUUUUGGACCGACUGAUCUUCAAGAUCGGCUUCAAGAGAAUGGGAUCUCUUUUGAAGUUGUAUCCAAGAAAACUCUUCUACCUUAAGGUCUUUUUGGCAACUUUUUGUAGUCGUAUCCAAGAAAACUCUUCUACCUUAAGGUCUUUUUGGCAACUCCCACCUAAAACUAGUUUUGUUAGGUUAAUAUUUGGCCUUAAACUGGUUUUGUUUUGGUCCACCUCUCUCCUGCUUCCGAACGAAACUGGUCAGGCCAAAAUUGGUUUUGAUGAGAGGGAGCUGCCAAAUGGGUCAUCUCUAUUUUAGUUUUUUUUUCUUUUCGGGCUCUAUUUUGCAUGUUGAAAGUUGUUAUGGUAGUUUUUGGGGCUGUUUGGUUCGUUUUCAUAUAUUGGGAAAUACAUUUCUAUGUAAAGAAACUCAAGUUUUGGGUUUUUCAAAUUUUUUUAAGAAAUAGAUUGUUUGAGUUUGGUUCA